UCGGGUUUUACAGGUUAGUUUUUUGUGACAUGUGGACAGUGGAAACCGUAAAACGUACAUUAAUAAAUUACUACACAAUUAUUAGUGGACAAUAGACCAAAAAAUCUUACGAAUAUUUUAAGUCUAAAACCAUACUACUAUUUGCCCCUUCUAAUGACAAUUUUAUCGACAGUGAAUGGUAUGUAAUCACUAAUUGUAGCCUGUGACCCGUUUCAAAAGACGAGAAAGGACAUUUGAAAUUCAAAAUCAUGGAUUUUGAAGAGGGUCAGUUCAGUGAUGCUGAUGAAAAUGACAUCGGGCAACUACAUGUUCGAAAAAGGUGUCCCAACAGAAGCAGUCAUUCUAAGAGCUCCUCCAACCAUGUCUUAGAAAAUAGCAGUGAUGAUGAAUAUCAUUAUGAUGAUGAUGAUGAUGAUGAUGAUUUCUAUGAUGAUGACACCAAUUUCUACAUCGCAGGUGCAGGAUUUGGGAAAAAUCAUGAAGUUCUACGGAAUAGUCAUGGCACAGCUCCUAAUAAGCAGUCCAACAGCAAGAAAGUUACCUCCUAUCAACCUCCAGAAAAACUUUUCAAGAAAUUUGUCGAUAAAAUUAAUGUUGAUGACUACGAUGUUCGAUCUCUUCCUCAGCAUGCCAAAAAUUACCUCAAUGAAACUACCCGACGAACUGAGAAUGAAAGACUACGGAUAAAAGAUAAGCAAGACAGAGCAACUGCUGAACAAGUAAUGGAUCCUCGCACAAGGAUGAUUUUGUUCAAACUUUUGAACAAAGGUGUUGUCUGCCAAGUAAAUGGAUGCAUAUCAACAGGGAAAGAGGCAAAUGUCUAUCACGCUACCUCUGGCUCAGCUUUUCAAACUGAAACUGGAGAGCCUCGUCAUUUCGCCAUUAAAAUUUACAAAACAUCAAUUUUGGUUUUUAAAGACAGGGACAAAUAUGUCAGUGGCGAAUACAGAUUCCGGCAUGGAUAUUGUAAAAGUAACCCAAGGAAAAUGGUGCGUGUCUGGGCUGAAAAAGAAAUGAGGAAUUUGUCCCGUAUGCACCAUGCCAAUCUUCCAGUCCCGGAACCCAUACUGCUACGGUCACAUGUUUUAGUCAUGGAGUUUGUGGGUAAAGAAGGAUGGCCAGCACCCAAACUCAAGGAUGUAGAAUUAUCAAUAUCACGAGCUUGCAAACUCUAUCGACAGUGCAUCACUAUCAUGUGGAAACUAUAUAACAUCUGUCGACUUGUUCAUGCUGAUCUAAGUGAAUUCAACAUUCUAUUUCACAACGGAGGUGUCUUCAUAAUUGACGUCUCACAGUCAGUAGAACAUGAUCACCCUCAUGCUCUUGAAUUUCUCCGGAAAGAUUGCACCAAUAUCUCAGAAUUUUUCCGGAAAAAGGAAGUGGCAACUCUGACAGUGAAGGAAUUGUUUGAUUUCAUUACGGAUCCAACAAUCAAUGAGUCCAACAUGGAAGAAUAUCUGGACAAAGUAUCUGAGAAAGCAGCUAAUGCAUUGCCACCAACCGCUGCAGAACAAAUUGACAUGGAAGUGUUUAAAAAUGCAUAUAUUCCUCAAACUCUACAGCAGGUUAUUGAUGUUGAGCGAGAUGUCUUCUCUGUGAAGCAAGGAGUGAAACAAGAAAAUCCCCUUUACUACCAGACGAUAGUUGGGUUGGAAGAAGACCUCUCCCGUACUAAACUAGUUCCUGAUAUCCUCAAAUCUGAGAAGGAAGAAUCUAGUAGUGGAUCAUCCUCAGAAGAAGAAGAAGAAAGUGAAUAUGAAUCUGCAAAUGAAGAAGCAGAUGGUAGUGAAGCUACCAAGUUCGUGAAUUCAGCUCGCCCUAGAAAUGAAAGUUCGGAUGCCAAGAAGCAACGCAAGAAGGAAGUCAAAGAAGCACAGUCUGAAAAAAGGAAAAGUAAAAUAAAAAAGCAUAUAAAGAAGAGGAAAGAAAAAGAAAAGAAACACCACAAAUAAACUUGUUUUUUAUUUUACAGCCUCUCCAAGAGGAUGCAGUCUUUACUCUUUUUAUGAUUCAAUUUAGAGUCAUCAGCAUGGACUACUCAAUGGAUAGUUUGCUAGUCUGGACCCCCCUCCUUGUUCCAGUGGCGCGGCAUCACCAUAUGCUGUGGAUGUUUAGUAUGAGUGUCAAACCAGAGAAGGGAAGGGGUCUUUCUCGAAAACUGUUUCAAACAUUGGAGCAUUGAGAACAUUUUCUUACGUUUAACUGUGCCACAAGCUCGUCUUCAAUUUCGUCACAAAACAAAUGCCGCGCCACUGCCUUUUUUCAUUCAUGUAACUAAGUUAAUCAUGUUAUUUUUUUGUUAAACAAGACAGGUGAUUUUUUUUUGCUUUUCAUUUUUGUAAGUUUCUGGUACCAACAAACUAUCGGCACCCUUGCAAUUAUGUUCAUCAGUUUGAUUUUUAUCUCUGAAUUAUACUUUCUUUUUUUUAAA